GGGCGAGAGCACGCGAAGCGAAACGAAGCGGCGGUGGCACCUCUCUCCUCGAUGCCGACGCUCCUCAGUGCGACGCAACGCGCAGGCUCGUCGAGACAGGGGCCGCCGUCGCGCGCUCGUCUUCCGAACGUAUAUACACACACCUAUAUAGAGCGACACAAUACACACCUAGCCGUCGUCUCCUGUACGCAGGUACAAACAGUGACAUCCCCCCCCCCCGCGCGUGUGAUAUACGAUACGGUCCUCCCUGUGUUUACAUCCGCGACUGCAGUCGCGGUUCCUUUCCGUCUCACAACGAGCCGUUGCUGUUUACGUGUGUAUGUACAGGUAUACGCGCGAACGAAGGAAUUUUCGAAAGUGAGCGCGAGUUUCGAAAGUCGCCUUUGUGAGAGAGAGAGAGAGAGAAUCGAUAUACACACGGUUGCAGUGCACACGCCUCCGGUGGUACACACAGCGUCUGAAUGAAGCGCUGAAGAGGCCGAUGUGUUUACAGUCGUCCGCGGAAGAAGAGGAAUAGCUAUAGUGUGCGGCCGAGAAAAAGGAAUCCCGACUGGUACCAGUGCGAGAGAGCGCCAGUAGUAACAGAAAAUGGAGGUGCGACAAGGUGGUAUUGCGUGAUACAUUCUCGCAGACACACACACACACACACACCAGCCGUGUCUGUGCAUAACCUAUAUCUAAGCGCAGCGCAACGGUUACGAAAUGUAACGCAGAUUCGCAGGACAAAGGGUGGAUAGAGAGAGAAAGAAGAAAAAGGGGGCUUAGCACGCUGUAUAUUGGCUGAUGAGAAAUCGAAGCUGUGGGAGCGCCGCUACAAGCUACACACGCAACUUGGAGGUUAGGAAGGCGGCGCGCGCUCGAUCGAUACGUGCGGCGCACUGUCGUGUCGCGUGUGCGUAUUUACAUCGCGCGCGCAGGGCGCGGAGCUGAUGCAGCAGCCAGUAUAUAGUAUAGUGGAAUAUAAUUAACGGGUUGGAAGAGAGGGAUGCAGUCCGCGACGGCUGCCGCAGCCGAUCUUCCGCCCCGCGGAUCGGCUUAUUAUACUUCGAGGACGACCACUGAUGCAGCCUGCUGCUCUUCUGCUUUGGCCUUCGGCACUGACGCCGUGUGAAAGAGAUAAGAGGUCGAGAAGCAGAUCGACGGAGAACAUAAAGCCUAUAAGGACGAAGCAGCAGCAGCAGCAGCAAAGUCGAGGCGAAGCGAAACGAAGUGAAACAAGGAAGGGAGAGAAAGAGAGAAGGAGGAAAAACAAGGAAGGAAGACGAGCGUAGCGAGCUCUCCUCUCGCGUAUUUUUAGCAGUGCGCGCUGCUCUCUCGCAAAAACCGGUUUCGCUCCGACCAACAUAUAGCUCCGUCUCGCUCUUUCCCACACACGCGCCACUGCUCGAGAGAGAGAGAGAUAGAGAGAGAGAAGGGCAUCGCAGCUACGAAGCGAAAGAUAAGAAGGAAGCAGGAGAGGAGCGAGAACGAAAAAAAAGUCGCGGAAUUCCUACAUGCGGGCGGGGGAAAAACCGUCUGGGGGGAAUUCGACGCGCCUCCUGUCGCGAAAAACCCUAGGAAUGCGGAAACCCAGUUGAAAAUCAGUGCGACGUUCGUGAAAUUCGCGUAUACAUUCUUGUGUUUGCAACGAAAGUGCGUUCCUCGAUCGAAAGGAGAAGAGAGAAAAAAUAGCUGGGAAGAAGAGAGCCAGCGAAGAAAGAAGAAGAAGUGUGCCGGGCAUGAAGGAUGGCCGACAACUCGGCCGCCCGUCCGCAAAGCGUGCGCGGGGUCGUCAACUUCGCCGACCAGCAAGCGGACCCGCGCCGCGGCGAGAGACGCGCUCUCGCGGCCCGUUGCGCCAUGUGGGCCCUGUGCCUGGGCGUGCUGGCCUGCGUGCUACAGUCUGCUGCCACCGGGACCCCCACCUGGGCCUACUUUCACAAUCCCGACGCUGCCACGACGACGGAGAGGGGCUACUUCGGGCCUUGGAGACAGUGCAAAUAUCUGCUCUACGGCAGGGAACGAUGCGGCCAAGGCGUAACGAGGCUCAAACCCAUGUGGACAGUUUGGGUAGCCGGUCUGGCUGCAGCAGGUGCGUCCGUCCUGCUGGCGAUCGUCGUCGCCCUGGCGGUUCUUCAGCUGGCUAUGGCGUCGUCGGCGAAGCGAGUCGUCCUCUCCUACAGCACGGCAGUCAUCGGAAAGGUCGCCUUGGCUACUCUCGCAACCUGUUUGGCCGUGGUGGCGGCAUGUCUCUUUGCAACGCAAACAGACGACCGAGAUAAUAGUUUCAUCGUUACGAGAGGCGAGGGCUUCUACAUGCAAAUAGCGUCGAUAGUCCUGAACUUCGGCGUUCUCGUCUCGGCGGUGUACGAAGGCAUCUACGCCCGUCGAGGUGGCGACCCGACCAAGUCGAGAUACAUGUCCGGCGACGCCCGGGGCACGACCAUCAACAACCCGGGCUAUCGGGAGCCUCGGCACCCGACUAACGGUGGCAGUAUCUCGAUGACAGACGCCAGCGGCAAGCCUUACGCCAGCGGCACCUCAGGCAACGGCUCGAUGGCGAGCGUCGCGACGUCGGGCAGCGCCGUAAGUACAGCCUCGCCCCUGCGCAGCUCACUCAAGAAGCCCAAGCCUCUCGGUAUCCAGAACCCCGGCUUCUCCACCCACAGCCCGACCCUCCAGCGCAACGGCUCCCAGAAGAAAGUCCGCAUACAGACUCACUCCACGGAAGUCUGACUAUUCAGCGACGAUCGAGUCUCGCCGCUCGAUCGUGAUCCUGCUGUAUGAUUUAUUUCGUUUCGCACGCGUCCAUGCCGUCCGGAAAGCGUAUAUACUUUAAGCCAGGAGAGGAGCCGCGUCCCCGGAUUGAAUAUGCAAUCAAGGAGAGAGACUUUGUCGAUCUUUCCAUUAUACGUGUGGGAGGGUAGGUAAGAUUUGAAUGCGAAAGGAUCUGAAUGCUGACGGGGACUCUGAUUGGUUCCGAGUCCUCUUGUAGAGUCGCGAGCGAUCGUUCACAAGCGAAUGUUUUCAAACUCGCUUUUCUACGUGACCGUUGCUCCGACGAGCUGGCUUUAUGUGCUUGGGCCGACGGUCGCUGUACUUUGCUGGUGAUUCGGUAGUGCCUGAAUUCGAUUAUACCUGGCAGAGGUGUAUAGAGCGAUGCACGACGAGAUUUCGACAUUGUUUUUGUGAUAGCGCCUAGAGGUGGCUUGAUAUUUGGGGGUAAUUAUUAUUAUUAUUACCAUUGUCUGCGUUCUUUGUAACUCUGUGUAGGAUGGAAAACCGCUACGUAUACAAUAUCAUAAUGGUUAAACGCGUAUAACGAGUUCAAUCAAAUAUCACCGAUGUAUCAUCAGACUGUUCCGAUAAUUUCAAGCGUAUAUGUACGCGAAGCACAAAUAGCGAAAUACUAAAUAACAUAGUAUGUCUUAUCUUUUUUACAGUUAUAGAAAGAUUUUCUAUGAAUACAAUAACGAAGCGCAAACGCACAGAAACUAUACAUGUAAACACUGACGUUUAUCGUUGUUAACUUAAGGCUACAGCCGUCCGCACGUCUCGUAACGCUGGAAGAGAAAAUGUUAGAUGGUUGAAUUUCAGUUUCACGAGAGAUCUGUCGACAUAUAGUAUAAUGCGCCGAGAGUUGAAGCGAGUGAGAAUUUAUUAAUGAUAUAUAUAUAUAUUAUAUACUUACAGCACGCACAUGCGAACGAAACGCAUCCGUCCAGCCCUUCUUAGGCAGCUUUAUGUAUGCAUAUGUAGAAAAAAAUAUUAUUAUUGAUAUUGUAUUGCCUAUUCCAUAGAGAUAUUCUUGUCGAUUAUUUUUUGAACAAGUCAUUUUUAAUUAAUAUUAUCACGCACAUGCUUGAGCGGCAUUUAGGUACAAACUUAAUUAUACUUUGAGCUAAUCGAGCUACUUCGCUCUUUCGAUUCGAUCAGCCCUUAUACAAUGACCCGUCCAAAUAGAUAUUUUUAGUUUUUAUUAUUUUACGGUUAUUAUUAAUUUUAUUGCAAUAUUAUAUAGUCUUAUGAAUUUUACAUUGUUUUAUUGUAAUUUAUAUUAUAAACGCAUCCUAAUUAAUACGGUUGAAUCAAAUCAACAGCGGAAUUGGAAUGACGCGAAUUGCAGAGAGGACAAUUUUAUCGACAAAGAGAGCCGGCCUCAAAAAAAUUAAUUUCUAAGUUAUAUCUUUGUUAUAUAUUAUGCAGAAUAUUAUUUAAGUUUUCCGCUUAUUAUCAAAUGAUAUUAUUAUACGCUAAAAAUUCAAAUUUUAAUAGAAAUUAGGAGCACUGCGAGAACAACAUAGUCUCGAGGCUUUGUUGCUCUUCAAAAGACUUGGCUUGACAUAGAGCUUAGAUUGGAUUCCGCGUAAAUUUACUUCCCUUACAAUUAACUGUUUAAUCAUCGUAUUGUUUUUAAAGCAUAUAACAUAUCGAUAUCAGAGGAAGACGAAGAAAAAUGUACAUUCUUUUAACAAUAUGCCUUACAAAUGUCAAAGUGCGUGAGUGUGAGAUUAUCGAGUGACCUUAUAAAUCCUGUACAUAUACACAAUUUCAUAUGUAUUGUAAGUGAAAAUUGUUUUCUAAAAUGUUGUAUAAUGACUUUUGCAUGGCGUUAGAGUCAAACUCGUCUGCAGAAGGUGCAAUAAAUGUCUGAAAAGAUACAGAA